AUGGACUCCGAGAACGUGUUUGACAUAUACAGUGCCCCUGAGGCUCCCGAAGCUCCCUCGAGCAAGAAGAAAACAAGCAAGAGGCAUCCCAGGGAAAGCAGUCAAACGCCUCAAGCCAAGAAAGCCCGCACUGCAGGUCCUCCGGCUGACGGACCCUCAACAAAUGUAACACCACCUCCUUCUCCUCACAAGCAGCAAACUCCCCCUGCUCCUGCCGGGUCGACACCAUCUCCACCGGCCCCAACCAACCAAACUCAGCAGGCUGGUUCUGCUUCCACAGGGGGUGACAUAUCGAGUCGCGCCUUAAGACAAGUCAGAGACAGGGUCGCCAAAAUUUUGAAGCGCGAACGUGUUGGAAAUGUGCCCUGA